AGACGAGUUCAACGAAUAGGAAGCCUGGAAAUCAUUUAGGGGCGUUUCCAGGAAGAGAGUGGUUACAUUUUCCUGUAAUGGCGGACCAGGCAGAGAGCGAGACUAUCGGGUUCAGCGACAACAGAAUGGCGCAGCAGGCAGUGCGGUUCCGCGGCCCUGCGCCCACACCCUCACCUGCACCUGUACCCGCUCCUGCUCCGACCCCAGUGUUAAGAGGCCCGCCACCCCUCCUUAGGCCACCGCCACCUCCUUUUGGAAUGAUGAGGGGACCCCCACCGAGACCCCCUUUUGCACGCCCACCAUUUGACCCCAACAUGCCGCCUAUCCCUCCACCGGGAGGCAUGCCACCACCCCUCGGACCUCCUCAUCUCCAGGUGAGACACUUAAUGAGACCUCCAUUCCUCCCCCCACCAAUGGGGAACUUGCCACCUCCUCCAGGGAUGCUGUUUCCUCCAGGGAUGCCCCCAAUACCCACACCUGGAGCGCCGACGCUCAGCCCUGCAGAGGAGAUUUGGGUAGAGAACAAGACACCAGAGGGAAAGACGUAUUACUACAACGCCAGGACCAGAGAGUCAUCGUGGAGCAAACCUGACGGCGUGAAGAUCAUCCAGCAGUCUGAGCUCAACCCUCUACUUGUAGCGGGGGGUGUGGCGGGGCCGGGUGCGAGUGUAGGGGUGACCACGUCGGCCAACUCAAGCAGCAUCAACACUACAGCGAGCACGGCAGCAGCUUCCUCGUCUCAGGUCCUGUCUACCACCCCGACUCGCACACACACCUCCAGUCCAGACUCCAUCUCCUCCCCUGCUGUGACCAUUUCAGCCACUGUUGUAGCAGACAUGAACGCCAUCGCCACAGUGUCCUCGACUGUUGCUGUGUCUCCAGUCACCGUGGUCACAGUCUCCACGGUGCCCUCACCCGUCACAGCGGUGCAGACUGUGCCUCUGCUACCUGCAGCUCUGCCUCACAGUGUGGCCCAGACAACUGCAACCAUACCUGCCUUCCCCCCUGUCAUGGUGCCUCCUUUCAGGGUGCCCCUGCCAGGCAUGCACAUCCCUCUUCCAGGUGUAGCAAUGAUGCAGAUAGUAGGUGCACCCUGCGUAAAGGCAGGCCCCAGCGCUAACGGCAUGCUUCCCGGCAUGGGUCCGCCUUUAGUGUCCAUGAUGCACCCACAGCUGGCGCUCUCUGCAGCUCCCGCCUCCAUGGCCGGGUCAUUACAGCUGCCCGAGUGGACCGAGUACAAAACAGCUGACGGGAAAACGUACUACUACAACAACCGAACACUGGAGUCCACCUGGGAGAAACCGCUGGCCGUGCUGGAGAAAGAAAGAGAAGCAGAAAAGUUGAAAGAGCGUCUGGCCCAGGAGGAGGCGGAAGCGAUGGAGAUGGAAGAUGAAGAGAACAAACUAGAAAAUACUAAUAAUGAGAAGGAGGAGCCUAAAGAAGAGGAGAUGACAGAGGAGGAAAAAGCAGCUCAAAAAGCGAGGCCUGUAGCCACAAACCCCAUCCCGGGCACACCAUGGUGUGUGGUGUGGACGGGUGACGACCGUGUGUUCUUCUACAACCCGACGACACGGCUGUCCAUGUGGGACCGACCCGAGGAGCUGGUCGGUCGAGGCGACGUUGACAAGCACAUCCAGGAGCCGCCGCACAAGAGAGGCAUGGAGGACAGCAAGAAGACAGUUGUCACUAAAGAGGAGCCGGAGUUAGCCAUCGCUACUGAAGAGAAUCAGGACGAGGAGCCGACCAAAGCCAAGAAGAGAAAGAAGGAGGACGUGAAGGAGCCCGACUCUGAGAAGGAAGCAGCGAUGGAGGCCGAGCUCCGAGCUGCCAGAGAACGAGCCAUAGUGCCGCUCGAGGCUCGGAUGACUCAGUUCAGAGAAAUGCUGCUGGAGAGAGGGGUGUCUGCGUUCUCCACCUGGGACAAAGAGCUCCAUAAGAUUGUGUUCGACCCACGUUACCUUCUGCUCAACCCAAAAGAGAGGAAACAGGUGUUUGAUCAGUACGUGAAGACGAGAGCGGAGGAGGAGAGAAAGGAGAAGAAGAACAAGCUGAUGCAGGCCAAAGACGAGUUCAGGAGGAUGAUGGAGGAUGCGAAGUUCACAGCUAGAACAACAUUCAGUGAGUUUGCUGUGAAGCACGGCAGAGACCCGAGAUUUAAGACCAUAGAGAAGAUGAAGGACAGGGAGGCCAUCUUUGUGGAGUUCAUCACUGCGAUGAGGAAGAGAGAGAAAGAGGACUCCAAGUCCAGAGGAGAGAAGGUGAAGCAAGACUUCUUCGACCUGGUGAGCGAGCAGCACAUAGAAGGAAGUCAGAGGUGGAGCAAAGUGAAAGAGAGGCUGGAGACGGAUCCACGAUACAAGGCUGUGGACAGCUCGGCCCUCAGAGAAGAACUCUUCAAACAGUUCAUGGAAAAACAAGCCAAGAACAUAGACAUCGACAAGGAGCGAGAGUUGGAGCGGCAGGCUCGUAUCGAGGCCAGCUUGAGAGAGCGGGAGCGCGAGGUGCAGAAAGCUCGAUCGGAACAGACCAAAGAGAUCGACAGAGAAAGAGAGCAGCACAAGAGGGAGGAGGCCAUCCAGCAUUUCAAAGCUCUCAUGUCUGAUAUGGUUCGCUCUUCAGAUGCAACCUGGUCGGACACGCGUCGUAACCUGCGGAAGGACCAUCGCUGGGAGUCGGCGUCCCUGCUGGAGAGAGAGGAGAAGGAGAAGCUGUUUAACGAACACGUAGAAGCUCUGGCUAAGAAGAAGAAAGAGCAUUUCAGGCAGCUGCUGGAUGAGACGAGCAUGGUGAGCAGGAAAAAUAUCACUCUGACGACCACAUGGAAGGAGGUGAAGAAGGUGAUCAAGGAGGACCCUCGCUGUAUUAAGUUCUCCUCCAGUGACAGAAAGAGACAGCGGGAGUUUGAAGACUACAUCAAAGACAAGUACAUCACGGCCAAAGCUGACUUCAGAACGCUGCUGAAGGAGACGAAGUUCAUCACGUACAGGUCAAGGAAGUUGAUCCAGGAGUCCGAGCAGCAUCUGAAGGACGUGGAGAAAAUCCUCCAGAACGACAAGCGGUACCUCGUUCUGGAGUGUGUCCCCGAGGAGCGCCGGAAGCUCAUCAUGUUUUACAUUGAAGACCUGGACCGCCGCGGCCCUCCGCCUCCACCCACUGCCUCCGAGCCCACCCGACGCUCCACGAAGUGACCAAUCGCAUCAUCUUCUUGGCCAGAGCCCUACUCCUCCUUCCUCAGCCUUCCCCUCGGCCAGAGCAUGACCUACCCUGACACCCCUGAAACCCCGCCUUCCAGUCCUACGGCCGGCCUCGCAGUGUUAUGAUUGCUGAGGGGUGUUGUUGCUUAAAGAUGUAUCAUAGAGAUGAACAGUUAAGGUCUCUGUGUUACGUCCCCUCUUAGCCCUGCGUUCAAAGCAACAGCAGGGAACAGAGGUUACCUGAUCUCGAGGUGACCCUUGGCCCUUCACCUCUGACUGACCACAUUGGAAGGAGAGGGAUGAUGAUGAUGAUGAGGCUGCAGCCCAAGCAGCUGCAGAGGUGUAAGAUAGCUGAUGUAAAUGAGUAUGAAAAUGCGUCUGUGAGUGUAGUGAGUGUGAGAGUGACUGACAGUGUGUAUGCAUGUGUCUGAGGCGUCCUUAAGCCUUACUGCUCCACUGUGCCAGUCAUUGUUUCAGCGGCUCAGUGUGAAUGUUAGUUUCUGCUCAGUGGUUUACUCCAAUGUCGCAGCAGUUUCUCUGUUGAAUGAAAUAAAAGCAACUUCCACUGUUUUUCAA